AUUCUCAGCUUGCAACCAUGUCUUGUCUUUUCUCAAAUUAGAUAUAAAUAUAUAUGUAUGGCCUUCCUUCCAAUCCUUACUUACCUCCUCAAUAUCCCAUUGCCUUUAAUUAAGUUUUUGACUUUAUGGUGGUGAUCACAGUUUGUUCAGUUGACAAGUUCAAAUCUGCACUGCUGGAUAUCUAUUUAUACAUACUUAUUAAUUUACAUACGUAUGUGAUCGGUUGAUUCAUAUCUUCGUCAGAUCCUACGCGUUUUUUUGUUUUUGUUUUUGGUUCUGGGUUGGUUUCAUAUAUCUCAGAGCUGAAAAGGGUCAGGCUACUCUCUCAUAUUCUGGGUGGUCUGAUUCCUAUACUUACCCAACUUUGUAUAUUGCUUUUUUAAGAAUAUGCUUGACAAUGAGUUCUUCACCGAAUACGGUGAGGCAAGUCAAUAUGAGAUACAAGAAGUGAUUGGCAAAGGUAGCUAUGGGGUUGUUGCCUCUGCAGUUGAUACUCACACUGGUGAGAAGGUGGCUAUUAAGAAAAUCAAUGAUGUCUUUGAGCACGUCUCUGAUGCCACUCGCAUUUUAAGAGAAAUUAAGCUUCUUCGAUUACUGCACCAUCCUGACAUUGUGGACAUAAAGCAUAUUAUGCUACCUCCUUGUAGACGAGAAUUCAAGGAUAUAUAUGUUGUAUUUGAGUUGAUGGAAUCUGACCUCCACCAAGUUAUAAGGGCAAAUGAUGAUCUUACCCCUGAGCAUUAUCAAUUUUUCCUGUACCAGCUUCUUCGAGCUCUCAAGUAUAUACAUACAGGAAAUGUUUUCCAUCGAGAUUUAAAGCCAAAAAAUAUACUUGCGAAUGCAGACUGCAAACUGAAAAUCUGUGACUUUGGUCUUGCUCGUCCAUCAUUCAGCGAUGCGCCAUCAACUGUCUUUUGGACUGAUUAUGUGGCGACUCGGUGGUACCGUGCUCCUGAACUUUGUGGUUCUUUUUUCUCCAAGUACACUCCUGCUAUUGAUAUUUGGAGCAUAGGGUGUAUAUUUGCAGAAAUGCUAACAGGAAAACCUUUGUUUCCUGGGAAAAAUGUUGUACAUCAAUUAGAUCUCAUUACUGAUUUACUUGGCACGCCAUCUACAGAAUCUAUUGCAAGGAUUCGGAACGAAAAGGCCAGAAGAUAUUUAAGUAAUAUGAAGAAAAAGAGACCAACUCCUCUCUCACAAAAAAUGCCUCAUGCUGAUCCAUUGGCUCUUCGUUUACUUGAACGUUUGCUUGCAUUUGAUCCUAGAGAUCGUAUUUCUGCUGAAGAGGCAUUAUCAGACCCGUAUUUUUAUGGAUUGGCAAACAAGGACAAUGAACCAUCUAAGCAACCCAUUUCAAAGCUCGAGUUUGAUUUUGAAAAGAGGAAACUAAAAAAAGAUGAUGUCAGAGAGCUAAUUUAUAGAGAGAUUUUAGAGUAUCAUCCGAAGAUGCUGCAUGAUUAUCUUGAAGGUUCAGAUAAUGUUGGCUUCAUGUAUCCAAGUGGAGUUGAUCGAUUUAGACGACAAUUUGCCCAUCUUGAGGAACAACAGUUUGGUAAAGGUGACAGAAGUACUGCACUACAAAGGAAGCAUGCUUCUUUACCUAGGGAACGAGUUUGUAUGGAUGAGGGUACAAAUCAUAAUGGCAAUUCUAAAAAGGGCACCACACUCUCAGCAGGUCGUGCAGCUAUUCAGAGCCCUCCAAAGUCCCAAAGGUUUGAAGUAACAUUCUCUUCUGGUGAAAAUGGAUCAACCAUACAGAAUGGCAUUAAUAAGCCACAUUAUAGUCCUCCCGGCCUGGUGAAGAGUGAUAGUAUGAGUGCUUCGCAGUGUGUCGUUGUAAAUGGAAAGUACCUCGAGGCAAGUGUUGAUGAGUCAUUACUUGAGUUAGAUGCCUGUUAGUUGUUAACAGUUUUCUUAGCAAGCAAGUCCAUUCUCAUCAUGAUGAACUGUAUCAUGCUUAAAUCUCUUAUUAAAUCUACAUCUACCGAGUAUUCUGUUAUUGUAUACUGGCUGAAGGAAACAAUUGCGGCGCAAAAGAAAGAGAUGAUUAACAUGGUGGCAUAAAAGGUUGCGGCAGCUGCUGCAGCACCAUACCUCUAGUAUUAUCUGAUAAGAUGGACUAAUCCCCAGAUGAAGACUUCAGUCUGUUCAUUGGGACCAUCAUAACCUCCGUAUUGUCUCUUUAAAUAACAUUCACCAACCUUCAAAACUUUUUAAUGUUUUCAACGGCAAGAAUUUAAAUGCCGUUGAUUCUCUGUAGAACCUAUUAUGCUUACUUGUUACUUACCAAUUCUGAGGACCAA